AUCAUCUUAUACAAUUUUUUUCAAGCCUUUCUUCUAUUAAAAAAAGUGCAAACGUGGCACAUCGGGAGUUGUUCGUUGUAAAUAUUUACUUGAUAAAAUCUUCUCCGCAUAUUUAAAGCUCAAUCCUUCCUCUAGGUUUAGCCGUUUAGGGUUUUGCUGCGUGCGUGUGUUAGAGAGAGAGGAAAUGGUGAAGUUUCUGAAGCCAAACAAGGCGGUUGUCCUCCUCCAGGGCCGAUUCGCCGGCCGCAAAGCUGUGAUCGUUCGAUCAUUCGACGACGGCACCCGCGACCGUCCGUACGGGCACUGUUUGGUUGCGGGGAUAGCGAAGUAUCCAAAGAAGGUGAUCCGCAAGGACUCGGCGAAGAAGACGGCGAAGAAGUCCCGCGUGAAGGCCUUCAUCAAGCUAGUGAACUACAAUCACGUAAUGCCCACGCGAUAUACCCUCGACGUCGAUCUCAAGGACAUUGUGACGCUUGAUGCGCUUCAGUCCCGCGACAAGAAGGUUACCACCGCCAAAGAGAUUAAGAGCAAGCUCGAGGAGAGGUUCAAGACUGGCAAGAACAGAUGGUUCUUCACCAAGCUCAGGUUCUGAGCCUCAAAACCACCCCAUUUUUUCACUUGGGUUGUCCAAAGAAAUGGGCGUUUUUAUGCUGUUGUGGUAGGAUUAUGGAUAUUUGUUUUCAAUUUGGUUGUAGUUUAAUUUUUUUUAUUUGAGAGCUUUCUGUUGAAUGGAGCUUUUUUUGUUGAACUUAUUCUGAAUGAUAAAUUGGGUGAACCUUUAUUCGCAA